GAAGUUUGAGAGUGCCAAUAAUAAAAUGCAUUUUCCAGUCUUCUCUCUCACCUCUCUCAGACUCACUGUGAUAAGUUACAGUAUAAAUUUUUGUAUUUUACGAUAAAGAAGAGCUCUGUAUAGUAGUUCAGUAUAAGCGUUUACAUAAACAAGAAAGGUGAAGGUAAAGCAGAAAGACAGUGGCGAGAAGUUAGAUUUUUCAUUCUUUUCUUUAAUUUCUCUUAAAAGUGAAGACAGCUUUACUCUUUAGCUUUGCUUUGUUUCCCUGUCUUUUUGCUUUGCUUCUGAGUUUUCUUUCAUAUCAUUCAUAUAACUUUCUCUCCUUUUCUUGUUUCUUUUCUUCUCCAUUGUAAUUACUAAAAACUCAAACUCACAAAAUCAGUAGAAUUAGAAUACUUAACAUUCUUUCUUGUUUUCCGAUCGGAUCUGAAAAAGAAGUCCGAAAAACAAUACAGGAAAAAGCAGUUACAAAGCAAAAGAUUGUUUCACUUUUCGAGUGAAGUUCUUGAAAGGUUCUCUGUUUCGCUCUAGCUUUUGUUGAAUCUCAACAAUCAUGAAAGAUUAAUUUACUGUUCUCAGUUCUUUAAUCAGUGUCUAGGCCAAAAAGCAGAAUGGAGUCACUUGCUGAAGGAAUUAGUUCCUUACCAAACAGUCAUACUUCCUUCACUCCUAUUAAGGGUGACGCCUCCUCAGCUUCCCGGAUUAGCCGUCCUCCCCAUCCUACAUCAAUGAGACAAUCUAGAUGUAAAGAGUUGUCCUUCGAUCCAAUAGCUACUGACUUUGGGUCAAAGACAAUUGAUACCCCAACAGGGUCGGUGACUGCUUCUAAGUGUUCAUAUAAAACUUCCAGUAAUCGUAUAAAGAGGGAUAAUAUGUCUGAUUCGAUGAGACACUAUUCGACUAAAGGAAAAGAGGACAUAGAAGAUACUCUUGAUCAACAAUCACAAGAAUGUUCACUGGAUCGGGUUUUAAUCUUUGAAACCAAAUCAUCUAUCAAGGAUUUACUUCAUGAUAACAAGAACACUACUUCAAGUAGCUUUGUGGAGCGCAAGGAUUAUAUGUUACAUGCUGUCGCCAGAGGAGAUGCUGACCUUUUAACAUCUCAAUCUGGAAUAAGCUAUUGUCCUAGUCCUCAAAACAGCUUUUACACUGCAACGCAGUACAUAGAAGCCAAACAAAGUUUCACCACUACAGAAGUCAUCAGUGAAUGCGCUAGCAGCAUUGCCAAGUCUGGUGAAAGCGGUGAUGUUAGCAACUCGUGUGAUAUCAGUGAGAGCAGAAAAACAAGCUUCUAUAGAGGCAGCACAGGUAGUGAUAUCAGUGACGAAAGCAGUUGUACUAGUUUCAGCAGUGCAAUAUAUAAACCACAUCAGGCAAAUGAUACAAAGUGGGAUGCAAUUCAAGCCAUUAGAUCUCUUGACGGAACACUGGGAUUCAACCACUUCAGACUUCUGAAGAGAUUGGGAGGUGGUGACAUAGGAAAUGUUUUUCUAGCACAGUUGAUUGGCACAAGAGAUUUCUUCGCCAUGAAAGUGAUGGACAAAGCAGCUCUAGAGAGUCGCAAGAAAAUCGUGAGAGCUCAGACAGAAAGAGAGAUACUGCAGUCUCUGGAUCAUCCUUUUCUACCAACACUCUAUUCACACUUUGAAACAGACAAAUUUUCCUGCUUGGUGAUGGAAUUCUGCCCUGGGGGAGAUUUGCAUGCACUUCGGCAAAGACAGCCAGGAAAGUUUUUCCCUGAGCAUGCUGCCAGGUUCUAUGUAGCAGAAGUUCUCCUUGCUCUAGAGUACCUGCACAUGCUUGGAAUCAUUUAUAGAGACCUUAAACCAGAGAACGUUUUGGUUCGAGAAGAUGGUCAUAUAAUGCUAUCUGACUUUGACCUCUCCUUGAGGUGUGCCACAAGUCCAACUUUGGUUAAAUCCUCAAAUUCAAGUUUAGAGUCGAAGACUUCAUCAUACUGUGUCCAGCCUGCUUGUAUUGAGCCAUCUUGUAUCAUCCAGCCUGCAUGUUUUUCACCGCGUUUCCUAAGCAAGCCCAAGAAAGGAAAGAGCACGAAACAGAAAACAGAGAUGCACAAUCAAGUGAGCCCCCUGCCAGAGCUCCUUGCUGAACCAACAAAUGCUCGAUCCAUGUCUUUCGUGGGGACACAUGAGUACCUUGCUCCAGAAAUCAUUAAAGGCGAGGGACAUGGUAGUGCCGUUGAUUGGUGGACAUUUGGGAUCUUUCUCUAUGAGCUCUUGUUCGGGCAGACACCUUUUAAAGGAGCAGGCAACAAAGCCACCUUGUUUAAUGUCAUUGGCCAGCCCCUGCGAUUCCCUUCAUCACCUAGUGUUAGCUUUGCUGCAAGGGACUUGAUAAGAGGUUUACUUGUGAAAGAGCCACAGCAUCGCCUUGCAUAUAGGCGGGGCGCUACAGAAAUAAAACAACAUCCUUUCUUUCAGAGCGUGAAUUGGGCACUUAUCCGAUGUGCUAGUCCUCCUGAUGUACCAAAGCCGUUCGUGCUACAUGAUGUCCCCAGCGCACCAGCAACAAAGGUCCCAGGCGCUGAUGUUAAACCUGCUGAUAAUUAUUUUGAGAUUGAUUUCUUCUGAGUAAACUUGUUUACUUAGCACUUAAGUCCAUGUCAGGUUAUAUGAAGAGCCCCUUAGGAAGAACACCGAUUUGUUGUUACCUUUCAUAUGAAAAUGUAAAGUGCAUACUCUCCUGAAAUGCUAAUGCAUAGGAAUUGGAUAUUUGAAGGUCACUUUUCUAGUA